AUGGAGGAGAGUAUUCGCACUUUGAAAGAGAAUUCUGACCGACAAGCUGCUGAUAUGAAGAGCCUUACUGACCGCCAUGUCGCAGACAAGAAAGACUUGAACCAAUUGGUUACUGCAAUCAACAUCAGGUAUGAGCAGCUGGUUACCCACCUUUUGCCGAUCAAUGAGCAAGGGCAAGAGGAGACAUCUCGUGUUUCGGAGACUCCACUAAGAGGGCAACAGAGUUCUGUCCAAGAAGCAAUUCAGACUAGAUAUGCCCGUCUGGAUUUUCCCCCAUUUCGAUGGUACAAACUGAAGCAGAAAAUCCUGGAUUAUAAAGGCUAUUGGCUCGGUUUGAUCUAG